CCGAUGACAACACAGCGCGAUUAUGGAACCUCGAUAACAACCAGCUCAUCAGUUCGCCCCUCCAACAUGCAGGUACUGUAACUUCUGUCUCGUUUUCGGCAGAUGGAAAGCUACUAGCCACUGGCUGCUAUGACCAAAAUGCGUAUACAUGGGACGUUUCUAUGAUACUAAAGGAAGCUGGCCUCGACGAACUUCUGUUGGACCAGCGCGACAACUCACUACUCGCUGCUGAUGCUACACGACGUCCAGUCCGUCAGCCAAUCAAGGUCGCCAAUCGGGUACCCCAAGGGUUUUUCGAUGACACACCACAUCGUGCUCACCCUUCUGCGCGACUCGAUCUCCACGAUACGCCAUCACGACCCCGCAUUUUUCACUGGGUUCGAAACAUUUUCUCUGACAAAUCAAGUGGUGCAGAGAUCGAGCGUCACUCAGCAGUCGAUGUUCCCUAUGCCAAGGGCAAGCGUAGGAAUGCAUCAGCACGAGAAAAACGGAUGGUAGUAAUUCCAUUGAAACCCAAGAACCCUGCUGCAAGCACCUCACGCCCUCCCAAUAGCAACGCCACGCAAUCCAGCGGCGCGGCUCAGCCUCAGUCAUUUUUGCAACCACAGGCUGCCGUCUCCACGUCAUCCACCACACCUCUCGCUGUCACUAACACAACUCCAAACACCAAUCCUCAUAUCACAAUCACACACCCCGGGCGCUGGACUCGUUUUUGGGUCGCUAUAUGUUGUGCCUCCUCUGAGUAUACCGACGGUCAUCAUUAAUCUACCUGGUUUAUUUUCUCGUCUUGUAAAAAGAUCUCCUUUGUCCUUUAAAAUGCUAUGACGUUCAUCUCAUCCAUACAACAUUAUUUCU